GAAGAAUAAAAAAGAUAAAAGAAAAAAAAAGGAAUAAAACUUAAAGGAAGUGUGAAAACUCAGAAUUAAAUCAAAUUGUCAAUCAAAAGGGUAAUCGUCGAAACCUAUUUUCUCCCUCCCCCUUAAUUUCUCUCUUCCUAAAUUCGGGUUUCUCUCUCGUUACUGUAAUUACUAUUUCUCUAAUCCUGGUUCUAAUUAGGACUUUGGAGUAUUUUCCUUGUUCAAUUAUUUACAUCUUUGAAGUAUUGAUCAUAAUUGAAGCUUUUACGGGACCUGAUUUGAGUUGUUUGUUGCAAAAUUGUUUUUUUCAGGAAGUUCAGGUGUGUGGAUUUGGAAUUUAAAGCAUAGAAAGAAAAAUGUAUUUCCCUGGUUUUGGUUACCACGGAGGAUCAUUUGAGCAAUCUUAUCGAUGUUAUCCAGCAUCCUUUAUUGACAAGCCACAAAUUGAAAGUGGUGAUAAAAUUAUAAUGCCCCCAUCAGCUCUUGACCGUUUGGCUUCUCUUCAUAUUGACUACCCAAUGCUUUUCGAAUUAAGAAAUGAUGAUGCAGAUCGAGUCUCCCACUGUGGUGUUCUGGAGUUCAUUGCUGAAGAGGGCAUGAUUUAUAUGCCGUAUUGGAUGAUGGAAAACAUGCUUUUGCAAGAGGGAGGCAUUGUUAGGGUUAAAAAUGUGACUCUGCCAAAGGGGACAUAUGUUAAAUUGCAACCUCACACACAAGAUUUCUUGGACAUCUCCAAUCCAAAGGCAAUUUUGGAGACUACUUUGAGGAAUUAUUCCUGCUUGACCACUGGAGACAGCAUUAUGGUGGCAUAUAACAACAAGAAGUAUUACAUUGACAUUGUAGAAACAAGACCAUCUCAUGCAAUCGGCAUAAUUGAGACAGACUGUGAGGUGGACUUUGCUCCUCCGCUUGAUUACAAAGAGCCUGAAAAGCCUGUUGUAUCCGUUCCGGAAAAGGCACCGGCACAAGUUGAAGAGGCCCCAGAUGAAACAGAGCCCAAGUUUAACCCGUUUAGUGGCGUCGCAAGACGUUUGGAUGGGAAGCCUGCCAAACCGAUUCUUUCUCCUGCUACUACAGUUUCAAAAGAUAAGCAGCCUGUUCCUGCCUCUAAGGCUGGGGAAUCAGCUUCAGGAUCUAGUUCUCAAAGCACUAAUCGCCAAUCACAAGGAAAGCUUGUUUUUGGUUCAAAUGCCAAUCGUACACCUAAGGAUGCACAAAAGGAACCCACCAAAGAAAAGAAACGAGAGGAGCCUCAGAAAGAGGAGCCAAAGUUCCAGGCUUUUCAAGGGAAGAAGUAUUCAUUAAGAGGUUGAUCUUCAUAUUAUGUCCGAUUACAGUCGUUCCUAUAUCGAUUUGGGGUCAAAUACAAUCUGAACAGUUUCUUUGUACCUUCCAGAUGCUAGAAUAGGUUAAUUAUUUUGCAUUGGAUAGACCACAAAAAAGGAAAAAAUAUUGUUAUAGAGUCUUCUCUGAUGGGAAGUUCAUGAAAAAAAUUUAUCUUCAUGGGUUGCUUGCUAUGUGGUUUCAUCCUGCCCCCAUAUCAAGGCCAUGUUUGGUUGUGUUUAAUUUGACCUAUACUUGCUUUGUAUUUCAUGGUGGGUUAUUAUA